AUGGUUGGGAGCGUAACUCCUCAAAACGUUGAUGAUAUUUUCGUCUUGCUAAUCGAACAUGACGCUGCAUCAGUCGCGUCCCUCACGUCAAUGCUUGAACCAUUUUCAAAAAAAGUGAUUAGCAUGGAUGCGGUAAGCAAGGCUCUAUCCAUAAUUGAGAAACAGAAAAAGGACAUCGGACUUGUCCUAGCCAACAUUGAAAUGCCUCAAUUAGAUUCACAUUCCUUCCUCACUGCUUUGCUUCAAAAGAACAUUCCUCUCACAUUGAUCAAUCCAGAGAAAAAAACAAAAAAACCAUCUGAUCUUUUGACAAAUAGAGCUUCUUUUACUCUAAAUAAGCCGAUUUCUGAAAUCGACAUCAAAAACAUGUGGCAAUACGUGUUACAUAAAAAGAGUCAAGAGUUAAUGAAAAUUAACAUGACUGAAGACCAAGAAAAUGUUAUAGACAAAGAUAUAGAUCAGAUUGAAGCUUUUAGGGCAAGCCUUAAGAGGCAGAGAACAAGUCAAGCUUCUUUGUUAGGAAGACAACAUUUCAUCAGCAAAUUCACAACUUAUGAAGCAUACCAUAAGAGAAAAAUUAUAACAAAUGUCGAACGAGAAUCUAAACCAGGUUGUCCUAUUGAAGUUGAGAAUAAGAGAAAAGAAUGGAUGAAAGUGGAUAAUAGUGUUGGAAGACGUCAGAGUUUGUGGACUAAUGAGCGCCACAUGAAGUUUUUAGCUGCUAUUUCCAUUUUGGGUGAAAAAGAGUUUCGUCCCAAAUCCAUAUUGAAGAUUAUGAAUGACCCAAACUUAACUCAUCGCCAAGUCGCUAGCCACCUUCAGAAAUACAAAACUCAAAUUGAACGGAUAAGAAACAUAUUGUCGAUAAAUGAAUGGAAACCGACAAAAAAAACAGUCGAAUACCCUUCGGAUUACGAAUAUCCUUUCAAAACAUCCAACUUAAUUAAGAAUCUCAUUGCAAGUAACUCCUUGUGGAAUUCUUUAAGAAAGAAAAAUUCUUCAUCAUCAUCAUCACCCAUCAAUCCAUUAUUAUUUAAAAAUCCUACCGUCGAGAGAAAGAAAAAUAUGUCAAAGUUUCAUCGCAGCAAAAAAUUGGACCUAAGCAAUCAUUCGCGUUUGGGUAACGUAUUUAACAAGUCAUCCAUGAAUGUUGCUUCUAUUCCUUCAACCAUAAGUAGUAAUCCAACUCUUUCUAUUGGUAAUGCUAACCAUACUAGUCUAGUUCCAACUGGCUUAGGUAGUGAAAUCUUUCAUAAUCUUUCUGAUUUACCAUCAAACACAUGUGUAUAUCAAACAGAGUCCGCGAGGAUUUCCAUUCCGCAUUAUGAUCCUAACCCUCUUCACCCACCUAAAAUUGUCCAUGAAGUUGAUAUAAACCACAUAAAUUUAGAUUUUCCUUCUGUACCAGCUUCUUUUGUUCCUCUAGAGGAUCUAUGCAAUUUGGAUGAAAAUUAUAAUUUACUUCCAAAUAGUACCAUGAACUCUUUUGAAACCAAUAUAGACCAGAUGAGUUCGAAUCCAUUUAUAGAAAACCAUAGUCAUCAUAGAAUCAAUAUGAACCAUAUAGAUUGGAAUCCUUCAACAGACAAUUAUGUUUUUCCUCAAACUGAUAUGAAUAUAACUUUUCCUAGAAAUAAUACAAACCAGAAGGAGUCAGUUUCUUCAAAAUAUGGUUAUGUUCCUCCUAAAAUUAUGAUUCCAUCUGAAGUGGAUAUUAAUUUAAUGGGAAUAGGUUAUUUUGGAGGAAAUGUUCUUCCUCAAAAAGAAGUUGGUAUGAACGAUGUGGGUUUAGUUUAUGGUGAAAUGCCUUAUGAAUUCCCUAUGAAAACCAAUAUGACCACUUUGGAAACUAAUACAAAUGAAGGUCUAGAUGUUUCUAUUGAAAACCUGAUUUCUUUUGACAUUGGCGUCGAGAAAAAUAUGGCUUAUUGGUUAGAAGAAACUAGUUUUUCUGAGGGAAAUAAUCUUUUGCCUUCUAGUUAUCUUACCGACAAUGUUGCCUUUAGAAAACCAAUAGAUUCAACCCCUAACACUAGUAUGGAGAACCAUGAUAAUUUUGUUGCUAUAAAUAUUGGAUCGACAAGUCAGCAGCAUAAUACGAUGGAAUCCUGCGAGUAUCAUAAUGUAGAAGCUGUGAAUCAAAAAGAUGAUAUAGGGGGAGAAGAUCAUCUUGAAGAUUAUCGUGACUGCAUAGAUUGGAUUGAUCAAGUGAUGAAUAAAGAUGUAUGA